AUGGCCAAAAGCACAAUCACGCUUGCCUCCGGGCACGAAAUGCCCCUCGUCGGCUUUGGCCUGUGGAAAGUCCCCAAGGAGACGACCGCCGAUACAGUCUACAACGCCAUCAAAUCCGGCUACCGCCUCUUUGACGGCGCCUACGACUACCAAAACGAGGCCGAAGCCGGCCAGGGGAUCAAGCGCGCCAUCGCCGAGGGCCUCGUCACACGCUCCGAAAUCUUCAUCACCACGAAACUCUGGAACAACUACCACAGACGCAGCGACGCCCUCGCCAUGGCCCGAAAGCAAAACGAAGCGUGGGGCCUCGGAUACAUCGACCUAUACCUCAUCCACUUCCCCGUCGCGCUGAAAUACAUCGACCCGAGCGUGCUCGAGUUCCCGGCGUGGUGGAUGGAUAAAGAGCGCACGGUUGUCGAAACGGAUCGCGUGCCGAUUCGCGAGACGUGGGAGGCGCUUGAAACCGUUGUCGACGAGGGGAUUGCGCGGAGUAUUGGCGUUUCGAACUUCCAGGCGCAGUCGCUGUAUGAUAUCCUCUCGUACAACCGGCAUCCGAUCUCGGGGUUGCAGAUUGAGCAUCAUCCGUAUCUUGUUCAGGGGGAUUUGGUGAGCCUGGCGCAGGAGAAGGGAAUUGCUGUUACGGCGUAUAGUAGCUUUGGGCCGCAGAGUUUCUUGGAGCUUCCGGCGGUUUUCUCGGAGAAGGCGAAGGGGAUUUCGUUGCUCUUUGAGAAUGAGACCGUUAAGAGUUUGGCUGGGAAGUAUAAUGUGACUCCGGCGCAGGUGCUUCUGAGGUGGGCUACGCAGAGGGGCAUUGCCGUCAUCCCCAAGUCGAACAACGCUGCUCGACUGGCGCAGAACCUCGACGUGCUUGGGUUCGAUAUGACACAGGAUGAACUCCAGAGUAUUAGUGCGCUCGACAAGGGGUUGAGGUUUAACGACCCUGGAUUUUAUCUUCCUAACCAUCCUCUGCGGAUUUUCUAG